AUGCAGCGAAAUGGAAUCUUUCGUCGGAGGCGCUUCUUCGGUUUCGCUUGGGUCGUGAAGGUUGUCUUUCCUUCCGGAACUCUUUUCCGUAGGCACUUGUGCCACAGUGGAUUCGAACCAAAGUCUGCAAGUAAUUCCAAGGGCAAGCGAGUCGUGGAUCCGAGUAAAACGUUUUUGAUAAAGGGAGCAUGUAUAAUGGGGCGUUUGCGUUGCCCAUCGACGUUCUAUUUCGGUCACUUUCUUCGCUCUUUUCUUUUGGGAUGCACACAGAACGAAUACCAACGCGUGUUCCAUGCCCUUGUUCACGCAUGCUUUGUUCAAAACUUUUGGCUGAGGCUGACCAACUUGCUAUGUAAAAGGCCAGAUGAGUCCCCGGAGGAUGAAUUGGCUAUUCGUCUUUUCCUUCGUCGGAUCUUCCUUGAUCCACAGAGUCUGCCUCUUAGCAUAAAUCCGUCGUGGGCAGAUCUCAGUGGAACUCAAAAUCCGACCUCAAGCACUCAAAGCGACUCCAACCACUCGAACUCGAGCGACCUCCUCACCUCCUCGGGUUACGUUUCUUCCACCACAAUUUCCUUCCCCGGAGAUUGCAGCCUCGACUCUUUAAAUUUCCUCAGUCCCGAUGGUACUUCCGAUGCUCUAAUCACGUCCACACCUCUAGUUAAAGCCUCAGGCAGUGGCACCAGCAGCGCCACGUCAGCCGAUGAUAACUCGUCAGUUUGGCCGACUGUCCGCAUUCUCGCAAACAUCCUUCGCUCCUACCCAUUCGUUCACCAGGCCCGAAUCCUCUUCAUUCUCUACGGCCCAGUGCACAAGGGCCGUCUGAUGUGGAACAUAAUGUGUGAGAAUACGGCUGCCGACUUGAAGCAGUUGUCUGCGUGUUUUGGUGAAUUGGGCCGCGUCCUCAACAGCCUCUGGCUCUCCGGCUACUGGUCCGCCAACGACACCCUCGCUGUGUUCCAUGAGAUCACAAACACACCCGACGGCUGGUUGGCAGAGAAUGUUGCGUGUCUCCUGCACUCGGCUGGUCCCAAGCUGGCGUCUCUGAUAGUUCAGCACAAGGCCAGAAAGGGCUACGUCACGGAACUGGCUGUAAUUCUGACCUCCCUGUGCCUUGUCCAGGUGAAAAUCAAGGAGGAUCUCUCAGGCCUACUGAGUCUGGUCGGAGACGCAGUUCAAGCUACGGGGAAUACCCAUCGACAGGAAUUUUUGGAUUCACUUUCAAACGCAUUCCGUGGCGUCAUCGUUGACCUCUACGAAGCCGACGAACUUGAUGAAAGGCUAGAGGACUUCUCGAUUAUCCUGAAGGCCCAGUCAUAUUUCUUCCGAGCUCUCCUUGCGCGAGUCUACGAGGAGUAA